AUGUCAACUAAAAAGCGAGCAUCAUCCCCACAAAAAAAUGAAGAAUUGGAUAAACUACUCCAGCAGCGAGAAACUGUAGUGGCCAGUAUCUUGCGUAUUAAAAAAGUAAUUUCUGAAAAAACUGUUGAUUUAAACCCUGUAGAACUGGAAUGUAGGUUGGACAUUCUCAAUUCAUACAUUAAACAGGCCAUGACUUGCCAACAAAAAAUAGAGUGUAUCAACGAGUUUGAUGUAUUUCGGCCAGAUCUAGAAGAAAUCUGCGUUGCUUCGAAAUCAUUGUUUCUACAGGCGUUAGGUAAAAACCGCAAGUCUAGUAUCCCUGAUACUUCGCAUGAAUGCAGCAAUCAUCGUUCCAGGCUGCCAAGUAUGGGUUUACCUAAAUUUAGUGGGAAACAUUCUGAGUACAAAAACUUCAUAAGCCUUUUUGAAAGCUUAGUGCACAAUGAUCAGUCGCUAAGUGAUAUUGAAAAAUUCAAUCAUCUCAUUUCGUGUUUGUCUGACGAAGCUCUUGGUACAGUUAAGGCAUUUCAACUCACUGAAACUAAUUACUCAAAGGCAUUAGCUAGUUUAAAAAGAGUUUACGAUAACACUUGUCUAAUCUUUUUCGAUAGUAUCUCGCAGCUUUUUGAACUGCCAGAAAUGAACAAGCCAUCUGCUUCUGCAUUACGCAAUAUCAUAGAUACUGUUUCUGCCAUAUAUGAGUCCCUAUUGUCAAUAGGAGAUGAUAAGAACAUUUCAAAUGCGAUUCUUAUUCAUUUAGUCAUGUCAAGAGUCGAUGCCGCCACGAAAUCUAAAUGGGAGGAACAAUUAGAUUACAAUAAGCUGCCGCUCUGGUCUGAUUGCGAGACUGCGUUAAAUAAGCGAUACCAACACAUUUCUGCUGACGAAGCUUCUACGUCAAGGUCUCGAUCGAACAGGCCAAAACAAGACAACUGGCAAGGUAAGAAUGUAAAAUCGUCACUUAUGUGCAAGAAAAAUAGUUCGCAAGAGGAAAGUAGAUGUUUGUUCUGUAAUGCGAAGGAACAUGUAAUAAAUUCAUGCUCCGCCUUUGCUGCCCUCUCAGUUACUGAACGGUUCAAUUUCAUUAAAUCAUCUUCGGCAUGCAUAAAUUGUCUCAAGAAAGGGCACACGGUAUCUAGAUGCAAGGCGUCACGCUGCAGAGUGUGUAAUCGGUCGCACCAUACUCUUUUACACCAAUAUUCUACUAACACUCCUCAAACAGGUUUAUCUUAUAAUCCAGAACAACCUAUUAUUUCUCGUGCCUCUGUGAAUCAUAGCUCAUCGAAUGACGAUCAAAUUAUUCUAGCCACUGCAGUCAUAACCAUUCAAGGAAAAUCUGGAGAGUAUCAGCUGGCCAGAGCACUGCUCGAUUCCGGUUCUCAAGUCAACCUUAUAACCGAGGAACUUGCACAACGACUGCAACUAAAAAAAGAAGCGAAAACUCUAAACCUGAUUGGCAUUGGUGAAACAAACUCCACAGUACGGCAAAAAUUACAUGCCACUGUGAGAUCACGUAUUAACUCUUAUGAGUUUUCUACUGAUUUUUGGGUAAUGCCUUCAAUCUCCACUUACCAACCCGACAAAUUUGUGUCAAUGAGUAAUUGGAAUGUUCCUUCCAAUCUUUCACUUGCUGAUCCGCACUUUCACAAACCGCAAAAGAUAGAUCUUCUACUUGGUGCCGAAAGCUUUUUCGAACUGUUGUCGAUUGGACAAAUAAAACAAGGUACUAAUCUUCCAAUUCUCCAAAAAACUUUACUUGGAUGGAUUGUAUCAGGAAAAUAUAAAGAUGUCCCAAGUAAUGCAUCUAAGAUAUGCAAUUUAAUACGCCUUCAAGAAGCAGAGUCAACAGGUGAUUUCUGCUUAAACUCUCUUGUGAAAAAAUUCUGGGAAUUGGAAGAAAUUCCCAAGGAGCUCACUGUCAAAAAAUACACAAUAGAACAACAACACUGUGAGACCAAGUUUCUCAACACAAUUUUACGCUUACCUUUAGGGAGGCUUAAGGUGCAGCUUCCUUUCAAGUCCAACCCCAACCUUCUAGGUCAGUCAUAUGAAACAGCAAAAAAUCGUUUUCUCUCACUGGAACGCAGGUUGUCGAAAGACUGUAUGCUUCAGAAGCUGUAUAUGGAGUUUAUGGCAGAGUAUCGUGACUUAGGUCACAUGACAUUAACUACUGACAACUUUUCUUCGACACCUCAUUACUAUAUACCGCAUCAGUGUGUGUUGCGACCUCAGAGUACCUCGACAAAACUUCGCGUCGUGUUCGAUGCUUCAUGCCGAACAUCUUCACAAGUGUCGUUGAACGACAUUCUAAUGGUUGGUCCAACGGUACAAGAAGAAUUGUAUUCAAUCCUACUUCGCUUUCGUAUGCACAAAUACGCGAUGACUGCUGACAUUACAAAAAUGUACCGUCAAAUCGAAGUUGACGAGGCAGAUCGCAAUUUUCAACUUAUUCUCUGGAGGGAAAAACCUACGGAUCAGAUUAGCGUUUAUAAACUGAACACAGUGACAUAUGGUACUUCACCUGCUCCUUUCUUGGCAACACGUUGCCUAAACUACUUAAGUGACCUGUACAAGAAUUCUCAUUCAGUUGGAGCAAGGGUUAUCCGACAUGACUUCUAUGUCGAUGACCUAUUGACUGGAGCUGACAGUCUGAAGGAACUGGAAACAAUUCGUACCCAAUGUACUGAAAUUCUUGAUGCGGCUGGACUUAAAUUAGCGAAAUGGUUUUCAAACCAUAAAACGUAUGACUCGUCAGACUUCUUUCUAAAUGUUAAUAAUACUGAUUCCACAAAGGCGCUAGGUAUACACUGGAUUCCCCAGAAUGAUACGUUUAAGUUCCAUGUAGACGAAAAGUUUCAUGAAUUGCGAGCAACAAAAAGAAACAUACUAUCAGUAUCAGCUCGGCUCUUCGAUCCCCUCGGACUAGUAUGCCCAAUAGUGACUAACGCAAAAAUUUUAUUGCAAGAACUUUGGCUUCAGAAGCUUGACUGGGAUGAGUCAAUUCCUAUGCAUCUCGAUUCUAGCUGGCAAGCAUUUAAAAGUAACCUGACUCAGAUGGACUCUAUUUCCAUUCCGCGGGAUGAGAUCGAAAAAAUGAAGAAGUCGCAUAAAUUGCCAGUUAGCAUUCAGAAACUAACUCCGUUCAUUCAUACAGUCCAAGAUGGUUCUCGAACAUGCAAUUUGCUUCGUGUAGGAGGUCGUCUACUAAACGCACCACUGUCUUAUGAUUCAAAAUUUCCCUUGCUGUUACCUAAGAAAUUGCAUUUUGUCGAGAUUUAUUUACGAUUUCUCCACACAACCAAUUGUCAUGCUGGUCCAAAAGCCUUAGAAGUGCUGCUUCGUGAAAAAAUUUGGGUCAUAAAUUCAAGCAAGGCAUGCAGUAAAACCGUAAGAGCAUGCAUACAUUGUUUUCGAUACAAACCUAAGCUGUUGACCCAAGUAAUGGGAAACUUACCUGCAGAUCGGUUAAAGGCACUACGACCCUUUUUAAUUAGCGGUGUCGAUUUUUGUGGGCCUGUAUACACUACUUUGAAAAUUCGUGGUCGACCACCAGUUAAAAUGUGUAGAAGCCCUGCUAAAUUCUCGUCCACUCAGUCCAUUGAGUCAAGACCCAAACGACAAAGAGGCGCUAACACCAGCACACCUGUUGAUUGGAGGUACUCUUCACACGCUGCCGCAAGAAUUCGCGCAAGGCGUCUCCGACAACAAAUUGAGCACUUUGAAACGUUGGCGUCUGUUAUGCGAGCUCAAACGGAGGUUUUGGCAGGCCUGGUCCAAAGAUUACAUCCUACAGCUGCAGCCCAAGAACAAGUGGGUGUUCGAGCAGCCGAAUCUCGCAGUCGGCCGACUAGUCGUCGUCCAAGAAGACAACCUUCCCUCUCACCAGUGGAAGCUCGGAAGGGUGGAAGCCGUAAUUACAGGUCGCGACAAUAA